UACUUCCCUUGUAUCCUUGCUUUUGGCUACACGUUUCCAACAGUGUUUAAAGUAAAAUUUUUGCGUUUUUCUGCUUUAAGUCCAUUUUUAUAUACCCGCAAUAAAGUUUAAGAGAUGGCUACAUUUCGUAUAUUGGAGGAUGCCGAAAAGAAGAAUCGGAAUAUUUAUCCGAAACGAAAUGCCAAAGUCAUCACCACAAAAACGGAACCUUUUGCUGUGAAAAAUGAAAAUAAAUCGUCAUCCCUCAAUGACAGCCAUGUAGCGCAGGCUUCAAAGCGUAUACGAUUGUCCAAGAAAGAAAAUGUUGUGCCGCAAAUUAAGGAGGUUGUUGAGAAGACAAAGGUUUGCAAAAUCAAAGAAAAUACACCGCUUGCCCCCGUGGUUUUAGAUGAAGAUCUGCUGAACUUGGACGCAAAUACAACAACCGUCGGACCAAAGGAGGAAGUCCCAUCUUUUCCUGUUUCUCUACUUCACGAGAUUGAAUAUCGGGAGGACAUAUUUGACUACCUUAAGCAAAUGGAGAUAGUUUACCAAUCAAGUUCCAGCUACAUGGCGAAACAACCAGCGUUGAACUGGAACACUAGAAGUAUUCUGGUGGACUGGCUGGUUAGCGUUGGUGAAGAAUACAAACUCAACACUCAAACUCUUUACUUGGGUGUUAAUUACAUCGAUCGUUUCUUGAGCAGGAUCAGUGUUGUUCGCGAAAAGUUCCAACUUGUGGGCGCUGCUGCCAUGAUGGUGGCCGGAAAACUUGAAGAGAUUUACGCCAUCGAGUCACAGGAAUGGUCCUACCUAACGCAAGACUCUUUCAGCGUCAAACAAUUGUUAAAAAUGGAACAAAUGAUUUUGAAAGUGUUGCAAUUUAAAAUGCAGCCGCCAACGAUUUACAGCUUUCUGGAGCAUCUCAUCACCAGAUUCAACUUCGACAGUCAGACAAAACACUUAGCCAUGUUUUUGUGUGAAAUUAUGCUUCUGGAAGGUGGAGAAUACUUGGAUCAUCUGCCCUCGAAAUUGGCCUCCGCCUCAAUAGCUUUAGCACGUUAUACUCUUUCGAAGUCCAACAUUUGGCCGAAAGAAAUAAGGAAGGUUUCCGGUUAUUCGUUGAAACAACUAAGUCCUGUUGUACAAAAGCAGAAUAAGUCCUUUAAGGAAACGCCAUUGAAGAAGCAACAGGCAAUUCAAAAUAAAUAUACAAGCCACAAAUAUAAUUAUGUGGCGACGCUGAAGCCAAAAGUUCUUAAUUUGGAGGAUUUCGAUGACGAUGAUUGAAAUCUUUACUUAGUUAUGAAACUAUUGUUAUUAUUGUAUUGUAGUGUUUUUACAGGUUGUUCCGUACUUUAUGAUAUGAAUAUAUUACGAAAAAUAUAGGGGUGAUAAAAAUAAAACAAAAUAAUGGGGAAAAAGUCAAAAUAAAACGAAACGAUAGGAAUGUUUAGUAUUAUACAAAUUCGUAACUGUCCGGAUUAUAUUACGAUAAUUGAAUUAUUACUAUGUACUUCAUAAUUAUUUGUGCAAUUGUUUUUACAUUUUUAUCUAUAUUUUAUUUAUUAUGUGUCGACCUAUAUUGUUUUGAACUACUUUAGAUAUUUAUUUGUUGACUACGUACUGUCUUAUUAUAUGUAUUUGUUGUUAUUAAACACAUUGGAAUGUAUAUUUAUUAAUUGUAUGUAAUGUAUGUUGAAUAAUAAAGUGAUAACGAAUCAAUUGAUUCGUCAAGUA